UCGGGUUUGCAGAAGCAAGUCCUUUCAUUGUACAGAAGGGCUCUAAGAAUGACGCGUUCAAAACCUCCCGAAGCGCAACUUAAGUUUCGCCUCUUCGUGAAUUAUCACUUCCAUAAGAAUGCUUCAUCUAUAUUGGCUCGAGAUGUCGGCACUGUGGAGUAUCUACUUCGGCAGGGGACAAAGCAGAUUGAAAUGUACGAAAACAAGUCAAUACGAGAUUGCUGGGUGACAAAUGAGAUGUUGGAUUGGGCGCGA